AUGCAAAGCGACGACUGAGAGUUGUUGAAGCGGGGCGUCACUGAAGAGGUGGAAAUUCGCUGAACCCUGCAGUUUUGUCAUGCGAGGCGAUCUUCAGUGAGUCCACAAAUGCCUGUAGACAACUACUUUCACAAGAUGUAGCUGCAACGUUUUCGAUUCAGACCGGCAUGGUUUCUCAGCGGGGCGAGGCGGCCGGCCGCACUGCCGCAGCGUUAGGAGUAAGUGACGGACAGCUGCAGCCUGCCUCCUGUAGCAGCUCCACCAGGUCGACUGCACAAGAAUUAGGCAGGGAUCAGAGUUCCUCCUCCUCGGCGAGCGGCCGAGACCUGGAAAAAGCGGCCGUUGAAGAUGCCACCGGCACCAUGCCAGACCAGACCCCACAGAAAAAUAGCGGUUGGUUCGGCACCCUCGGCCCGGCCGGGACGGCCCUGCUCGCGUUUCCGAUGUGCGUCGCACACUGAUGUUGGCCCGCGCUCGCGGGAUCGCUCUUGGGGUUCGCGGUCUCCAAGGAAUCACUAGAGGCAAGCUACGUGUUCCAAGCGGCACUGAUGCUGGCCUUGCUGACAAAUUUGACGCAGUACGUGUACAAUCCGAAGGAUAGGACUGCCGCAGUGCUGAUGGCCCUCGCCACGGUCUGUCUCGUCAUCGGACCCAUGCGCAACAUGUGUUUUGCGGUAAUAGAAGAAUUUGAACAUGUUUUCCUCGUGCCUGAUAGAAAAGAAAAAGUUCAUUUUGGAUGUACGAUUGUUUCCGGGAACAGCAACAAACUCAAACUUCAGAAACUCAUGAGGUCUCCUUCCAUGGGGUAUGUCCUACUCUACAGAUCUGCAUGCAGUCAUACAAGAUGGCGGGGCAGGUGGAUCAGACGAUUGAGAUGGUGCUCGAUAUCAGCUUCAACCCGCUUCUGACCAGCAAGCUGAUCCAAUACUACACCACUUUGGGCACGGUUCUUCUCGCGGUCUCCACGGCGAUCCACAUGGACAUUGUCGGGAAGUUCUCCAGUUUGUACCAGGAGGCGAAGCGAAACGUGGCUGGGGAAGACGCGCAGAAGAAUUCUACCGGGGAAGAGCAAGAGCAAGGGAUGCCACUGGUCAAAGAUUGUGCUACCUGACACUAGCUUGAUGAUCUUGGUGCUGUCCUCGUAAGUAACCAGGAUCCCGUUGCAAUUCACUGGGGCGACAGGAGAGGGAAUCAGUUGUGAAUUGUGCUGUGCCAAUACCGGGAGGGGGGCAUCAUUCCUAUCCGUUUUUUCUUUUCACUUUUUGAAAAAGGAUGGCUGCAGAAGUUUCGGGAAGUUUUGCCUCGCUGGUUCUUGCCGUAUGUUGAUGCUUGGGUGAUGCAGUUCGUAGUUUCCGAUUUUAUCACGGCUUCGAAUCAUUAACAGUGAUCUUUGCUUAAGCUCUCAAGGACGCAGCACGCAGUUUUUAGAGCUUGUGCGGGGUGAUUUUAGAAAAUUUUCUUGCGUGGCGGAGAAACUUCACCGGUACUAUUACUAGCACUUGGCCAAAUUAGUAAAUUUCCUUCCUAGUAGUCGGUUUCUUAUUGAAAUUGCAGGAUGUCUCAAAAAAAAGAAAGUCACGCCAACGAUUUCAAAAUCGAAUCUGUUGCCACGACAGGCAGAAAAAAUCGGUACGAUGUGAG